GACUCCACCAACGCCGCGCACAGCCGCCCUGCCUCCAGUCGCUGCGCACCGCCCUCCCGGGGCCGCUCCCUGCUGCCUUCCCCUUCCCGUUCCGCACUGCUGACUGCCGGGACUUGUAGUCCCGCGGCACUGCACCGCAACCCGACCUCAACAGGCACGGCACCGCAGCCGGACCGCAGCCGGACCGGCACACACACACCAGGUGCGCUCCUGAUUUUGCGCCGCGCUCCGGCACCGCGCUCUGCUCCGCCUCCACCUGUUGCUCCGCGUCCCGAUUCCGCCGCCCGCCGAGUGGCAUCGGCCCGGGCUGAGAGUUCGGACCUUCCCGUGUGCUGCUGCUGGGCAAUGGAGAAGGACCCUGCACUGCGUCUCCGUGUCUUUGACCUCAACUGCUGGGCCAUCUGUUACCUGAGCAAGCGGCGGCAGGAGCGCAUCCGCCUCAUCGGAGACCGGCUAUGCCGGGAGGGCUUCGACCUUGUCCUGCUGCAGGAGAUAUGGAGCGAGCGUGAUUACAGUGACCUGAAGGCAAAGCUGGGUGGUUGCUGCCCCUUCUCCCAUUAUUUCCGAAGUGGUGUCAUCGGCAGUGGCCUCUGUGUCUUCUCCAAGUUCCCCAUCCUGGACACACUGCUCCACCAGUACUCACUCAAUGGUUACCCCUAUAUGCUGCACCAUGGAGACUGGUUCUGCGGCAAGUCUGUGGGUCUCGUUGUUGUCAGGAUUGCCGAGAUCACCUUCAACAUCUAUGUCACACACCUGCAUGCUGAGUACAGCCGGGAGAAGGACGCCUACCUGCCCCACCGCGUGGUGCAAGCCUGGGAACUGGCGCAGUUCAUUCGCCACACGGCAAAGGCGGCUGAUGUAGUGCUGCUGGGGGGAGACCUCAACAUGCACCCUGGAGACGUGGGCAUCCGGCUUCUGCGUGGCUGGACGGGACUGCAGGAUGCCUUUACUGAGGCCAAGCACUUUGAGGGCUGCGAGGACGGCUGCACUCUCAUUCCAAAUAACUGCUUCACUGUCAAGUCGGAGCUACAGCCCUUCCCGUUGGGCAUCCGCAUCGACUACAUCCUCUACAAGGCUAUCUCCAGCUUCACAGUGAAGUGUGAAGAGCUGAGGACCACCACGGGAACAGUCCCAGGAAUGGACAUCCCUUACUCAGACCACGAGGCUGUGAUGGCAAUGCUGUGCAUCCAAAGGAGGGGACAGACAGCGGGUGUCACCACUGGCACAGCCACGCCGGCGCUGGUGGAGGUGCUGAGUGAGGCACGGACAGAGGUGUGCAUGGGGCUGCUGACAGCACGGCGGCAGCGUUAUUCCUCAGGCAGGAUGGCAGUGCUGGCCAUACUGCUGCUGCUGCUACAGGCGGUGGGAGUGCUGGGUGUGCUGGGAGGGCUGGUGGCUGGGAAGCCCUUCCCUGCUCUCUCCUUCUCCCUGCUGGCCUUCCUUGCCCUUGCCAUCCUCCUCCUUGCUGCUGGCCUCCACCUCUUCCACAGCAUCGAGGUGAAGAUGCUGCAGGGCACUGAGGAGCAGAUGGAGAUGGCGAUGCGGGGGCUGCAGGAACAGCCCCUCCACCGCCACUGACCCGGCCCCAUCCUGACCCCUUUUUUAACUGAAGAAAAUAAAAGAGGUGUUUUAAUCCUU